AUGGCAAAGAGUAUCCGUAGCAAGCACCGCAGACAGAUGAGAAACAUUAAGCGACAACAUUAUGCUAAGAAAGAUCUAGAACGUCUGAAGAGGUUGGCCAUCAAGUCUUCUGAACUAAAGGAUAUUGUAACAAUGAAAUCUGCACAGGAAAUUAAAGAACCAGCAGUUGAUGCAGUUCAACAGGAAGAUCCUACAAUGGAAGUUGAAAAGUUGACCAAAGUUUAUGACAAGAGAACUUUGCAAGAUGAAAAUGGUCAUUACCCAGAUUGGAUGAACAAGCGAGCUGUUAAGAAGCAGAGACAGAAGUUGAAGCUGAUAAAAAUUAAGCAGAGAGUGGGGAAGGCAACAAAGAAAUUAAGAUGGUGA